UGGCGUGCAUCCUGGGUAAUUUGCUGUUAACUUCCUGUGAGUGAGGAGGCCGUGGUAAGUGGCUGUGUUGUUCUUCCUCUCGGAGAAGAUGGCCUUGGAGACGGUGCCGAAGGACCUGCGGCAUCUGCGGGCUUGUUUGCUGUGUUCGCUGGUCAAGACCAUAGACCAGUUUGAAUAUGACGGCUGUGACAAUUGUGAUGCAUACCUACAGAUGAAGGGUAACCGAGAGAUGGUAUAUGACUGCACCAGCUCUUCCUUUGAUGGAAUCAUUGCAAUGAUGAGUCCAGAGGACAGCUGGGUCUCCAAGUGGCAGCGAGUUAGUAACUUUAAGCCAGGUGUGUAUGCUGUGUCAGUCACGGGUCGCCUACCCCAAGGAAUUGUACGAGAGCUGAAGAGUCGAGGAGUGGCCUACAAAUCCAGAGACACGGCUAUAAAGACCUAGCAAGAUGCAGGGCUGCCAGCAUCUUUGCUCCCCACUACCUGCCUAUUUUUUGCUUGUGGAACUAAACAGGCAGAACUGCACAUCCUCCUCACCCUCCAACUCUGAGACUCAGCAGACUGUUGAGAGAGCAGCACAGUGGUCCCCAGGCCAUUUUACCUUCUUUGGACUGCUGGUGGGGGUGGGAGGAGUUUGGGUUGGUGGAUUGACUGGGACUGAACUGAGAGGGGAGAACAAUGCUGGUUUUCCUAACCACAGGACAGUGCUGCUCAUUUGCCCAUGGGCAGGACUGUGGGCCAAAUCCAAUAAACAUGAACCCCUAGGAAAGUUCUUAAGCCCAUGAUGUAUCUUGCUUCUCUCUCCUUUUCUCUUCCCUGGGCACAGUCAGAGGUCACUUGCCCUGUAAGUAUCUUCCCAGAGCAGCAGAGGCCCUGCUGCCAGUCUUUGAGCAACUGUGCCCCCACGGUUGCAACCUCUCCAGUGUGCUUCCGGGGGUCUUGUUGGAAGGUCUGCUGUCCUGAGGCUGGGAAUCCCAUCAGCCUGGUGGUCCUGGUGUCUGGCAUCACUUGCAUCCAUUUUGCCCUCUGGACCCAUUAGCACAGUAGGUGUCCCUUGAAAGAAAUCCUGAGGCUUCUUACUGCCCUUUUCCCCUUGACCAUGUUUAAUACUUUUUCUCCUCCCUUGUUUUCUUCUUUUUACUUCUUUUCCUAUACCUUAGGCCAGCCAAUAGCAUCCAUUUCCCUCCCCUUCGUCCCCCCAACUUACCCACAUUUCCCCUAACUGGAGACUUUCAGGCCGUAGUUGGCUCCUGGGUCUUGGUCUGGCUUGUUAGUGCCUCCAUAGGAGCAGGCCUCUCCCUCUCUCCUCUGGCCUUAGUAGGGGAAUUUGUUUUUGAAUAAAAAAUUAACCAUAAAUUCUCAUUUA